AUGUCUCCUGAAGAAAAAUUGUGUAAGUACUGUGGAGUCAGCUAUCUAAUUCUUCAUGAGUUUAAGGCUAUGGAAGAAAAAGUGAAAGCGAUGGAAAAAGAGAUGAAAUUUUAUCAAGGAAGUGUAGAACGUGAAAAGAGCCUUCAAGAAAUGCUACAGUCUCUUAGCCAAGAUUUUGAACAGUACAGAAUUGACAAUGAAUCCAAAAUGGAAAGAAUUCGAGAUGCAAGCAUGCAGUUUAAAAGUCACCAAAAUGAUUUUCAGAGAGUACAGAAAGAAUUGAGUCAGUUGCAACAUGAGUUAAAAAUUAAACAAAGACAAUCACAAAUCUUCAGUCAGAGAUUGACAGAAUACAAGUAUCUCUGGAAUAAGACUCUUUCAUUACUUACUUUUAGUAAAAGGGAGCUAACCAGUAUUAAAAAUGAAGUAUAUGAUAAUUUUCAAAACUGGACUUCACUGAAAGGAGAAGUUUUUCUACAAAUUAAAUCCAUAAGUGAAACAGCCUUGACAGAAAUAAAGAUGCUAAAUAAAAGUUUGACAGUGUCCCAGAGAAAUAAUGUAUGCCUUGAAGAGGAAAUGAAAAAUCUGAAAUGGUUGUCAGAUGCAGCCAUAUUGAGAUCUCAGCAAAUUGAGGCAUCCAAACAACAGGAAGUAAACUUGCAAACCAGAUGCCAUGACUUGCAAAAGGAAGUACUAGAUUUACAGUGUCAAGUUGAAGCACUUGGGCUAAAACUUCAGAAGGCAGUGACUGAGAUGGACAACUACAAAGAAAAGCUCAUGAAUAAAUCUAAUGAAGCUGAUGAGUGUCAAAGAGAACUUAGAAAACUGAAGUUCGAAUCCAUUGUUUCUGAGUCACGGCACACCAGAUUGCUUAAAGAAAAGGAAGACUCUUUAUUGACUUGUCAACAAGUAUAUAAAACUUUACAGGAAGAACUGACUGCAAAAGAAAGGCAAGAAGCUAACUUAAAAAGAAGAAUUAAUCUUGCAGAAAAUGAACUAGAAAUAACCAAAACGCUUCUGAAUCAGACAAAGCAAGAGGUUGUAACACUGAAAAGUGAAAGGGAAUCGAUGCUGAUUUCACAUCAGAAAAGCAUCGAGCAGUUGCAGGAAACCCUUAGACAGAAGCUGCUGAACGGUGAUAACUGGAGGGAGAAGAUUGAAGCUGAACUCACCAAGGAAAGAGCCCAACAUUUAGUUGAAUUUCAGGAGCAAGCUCUUCUCUUUAAAGAAGUUAAACUGGAACUCGAUAUUGAAAAGGAAAAACACCAAGAAAUAAUCCAAAAGUAUAAGAAAGAACAAGAAGAACUACAAAUGAAGAUAUCUGACUUAAUUGAAGGCGCUACUAAAGAUCUAAGGCUGAAAGUGGCUGCUCUUGAAGAAAAACUCCAUGAAUCCCAUAUUCAAUAUACUGAAGAAUCUGAGUUAAAGGAGAAAGAAAUCGAAAACCUUAAAAAUUUGGUUGCAGAAUUUGAAUCACGCUUGAAGAAGGAAAUUGACAGUAAUGAUUCAGUUUCAGAGGACUUGAGGAAGGAAAUGAAACAGAAGUCAGAUGAACUGGAAAGAGUAAUGCUGGCACAAGCACAACUGAUACAGCAAUUCAACCAGUCCCAGGAAGAGAACACUUUUCUUCAGGAAACAGUGCGUAGAGAGUGUGAAGAACGCUUUGAACUGACGGAGGCUUUGAGUCAAGCCAGAGAACAGCUCCUGGAGCUCAGGAAGCGCGGUGGACGGUUACCCCUGUCACCAUGCUCCCUCAGCCAGGGCAGCCUAACCUCCUCUGUUGCAGCUAGCAGCAGUCAGGGAGAGAGGAGGCUCGCAAGACUGAACUCCGAAAAGAGAAUCAAACUCCCCGGCCUGCACGGAGUGUCGAAACCCACCGCUUCCCCAGCCUCAACUCAGCCCAGCAGGGUCAGCAGCUCAGGUUUGCCCACAUUCCCCCAGCCACACCCUCCCCGGGGUCGACCGUCUUCAGUCAGUGAGACCCGGCAGAGACUGGCUGUCAUUCUGCAGAGGAGACUGAGUCAGCAGUGAUGGAGCCAAAGUCAGGAGCAGCUCCACACAGCAUGCCUGUCUUUCCCUGAGUCCAGAAACUCACUGUACGAGGAUGAAAAUGAUCAAAUUAUUACCAC